AUGGCCAACUGCGGCAAGGUCCCUGAUGAUCCCCGCAGCCACUUGUACGUGUACAUGCUGCGGACCGCAAGUCUGGCAAAGCCCUGGGGCAUUGCUGGCGAUGACAGCGCGGCGGCGCCGUUCCGCGUCGCGCGCCGCAUCCACCAACACGGCGUACCGUCGACGUAUGUCUUGCAUGGAGAGGCGGACACAGCUGUGGGCGUGGAACAGUCUGAUGAAGUUGCGGAUGCGAUUCUGGGAUGUGGAUUGACGGUUGAAUAUGAACGCCCUCAUUGGGAGGACCACUUACUGGACCAAGGAGAGGGGUACUAG